GACGGACCACGGUAUUGGUCAAGAAAAACAAGCUGCGCCCGAAAUUCGUGACAACUCAGAACCACACCUCGCAACACUCCUGUUUCUUUUCCUCCUCGCCGAAAACCAUCACCACCCGGCAACUCUCGCCUGUAUCAUCACCCUUCAUCAGCUCGCGGGCUGUUCUAUCAAGUUUCCCCCGUCAAUUUUUCAAAACGUCUUCCCAUCUCGAUCCUUCGUUUUUUAUUCCUUACAGCUUCUUUCUCGAUAAUACGAUGGGUCGUACCGUCGACCAAGAAGUGCACGCGGCUUUCGUGGAAUUUCGUGCCAAGGAAGACGAUAAGUGUCUUUCGGUGCAAUGUAUCUAUUGUCAGCAGAUCCGGGCGAAGAACACCAGCCGGCAAAAGCAGCAUCUGCUCGAGUGCCCUGCCCUCCGCGGGCAACACAACCCCCAUGCUCAACCUCCCCCAACUAACGGGGUCACUGCUCCCAAUGGCUAUGGCGCUCCUCCAAACGGACCUCCGGGAGCUCCAGGUGCUGGGUCAGCGACAGCCGCCCUUCCCUCUAACACUGGCUCCAUGAUGGCGACUGGAGUUAACCCCCAUGGCAGUGCUAUGCAGGCGCCCAUGCAAACCAUCCCCGGUCGACCCUCUCUUCCCUCCCAGGCUCCCACCGCCGCAUCGUCGUCGACAGCGCCUCCGCAGGCCCGUGCCCAUAGCACUCCAAAGGCCCAGAAAGCACGUCAAAGCACUUCGAAUCUUCCUGCCCCGCCGCUCGACGAUGUUCACGCUGCCUUUGUUGAGUUCCGUGCGAAGGAAGAAGACAAGUGUCUGUCGGUCCAGUGCAUCUACUGCCAGCAGGUUCGCGCAAAAAAUACGAGCAGACAGCGCCAGCAUCUUCUCGAAUGCCCAACCUACUUGAAUGUGAUGAAGGACUCAAUCCCUGCGAACAACCUGCAGCACACCUUCCCCGAAGGUGAUAUCGCGCGUUCUCUUCAGCUCCCGGCUCCAGCCUUGGAGCUUGAUUUCCGUAUGAGCCUGAAAGUUAAUCCUACCUUAUCUGUGGGCCCAGGUGUCUGGGGCCAGCGAGACUGGAUCACCUUUGUUGGUGGACAGUGGGCUGGCAGAUGGGCCAAAGGCAUUGUUUUGCCCGGUGGCCAAGACUCCCAAGUGACUGUCAAGGAGCUUGCCACAAGUAUCAGAUCAACCUUCCUUUUGCAAACUGCAGAUGAACCCCCCGCAUAUAUUGCUGUUAAAACAAAUGGCUGGUUAACUGGGGCGAAGGAGGUACUUGAAAAGCUCCAGGACCCCACAGUAGCAGAUACCAUUAACCCCAGCACCUACAAAUACCGUGUCAACAUUUCCAUGGAAACGGGAGAUGAGCGCUACUCGUUCGUGAAUACUGUGAUGUGGGUGGGAAGUGGAUGCCGUCGUGGCGCUGAAGUAAUCUUCGAUGCUUUCCGUAUUACCUAAAAGGUUAAGUUCUUUGUGCAGUUUGAGUUAUCCGUAUAUUGCGAGAAAGUCUUUUUUUUAGGGAAAGCCGGAGUGUUGCGUCUGUGAAUGCCUUUGCUACUGAUUACAGGUGUCUGAGGUGAACGGGUUUUCUCUGUCGUCAUUCGAGUUCAGCUUUUCGCCGGUUUGAGUUCUUUUAUAUCCGGUGGUCUCACAUUUAAUAAUACCUCUGCUUUUAUGUUUUCCUGUCUGGAUCUACAUUUUCUAUGCGCUCUGCUGUUGUUUUAUAUCGUGUAUCAAUCUCCUUGAUGCCCUGUCGGCAGUUUCUUAUAUGUUUUUACUAUCAAAAUGGUUCCUGUUGUCUGCUUUGUCCUGUUUGCUGUCACUUUGUCCUUUCACUUCAAUAUAAU